AUGCCAUCGUCAUCGCCCGGCAGCGGCGCAUCUUCGCCGUUGCGUCAUGCCCGCCGUUCACGCUUCACAUAUCGGCAGCUUGCCCAGAUGGCGACUUAUAGCACAUCCACUCCUCUGCGUGUUGUUGCCCACAUAGACCUCGACGCGUUCUAUGCACAGUGCGAGAUGAUUCGACUCGGUGUCCCGGAGGACAAGCCCCUCGCCGUGCAGCAGUGGCAAGGUCUCAUUGCCGUCAACUAUCCCGCAAGGAAGUGGGAGAUUGGACGCCACUGCAACAUCGCCGAGGCCAAGAAACUGUGCCCGGAAUUGAUUGCCCAGCACGUCGCCACCUGGAGAGAAGGCGAUGACAAGUGGGCGUAUCGAGACGAUGCAGCUGCAAAUAUUGCUACCGACAAGGUGUCUCUCGACCCCUAUCGCUUGCAAUCCAGGAAAAUUCUCGCCCUCAUCAAGGACUCCCUGCCAACAGACCUUCAAAGAGUUGAAAAGGCAAGCAUCGACGAAGUUUUCCUGGACCUCUCGGCUCACAUCCACUCGGAACUGCUGCGCCGCUUUCCAGAGCUUUCAAAUCCGCCUCCAUCCGGCGAUGCGGCUGAAAGUCUCCCUUUUCCGUCUGCUGCUGCGCUCGACUGGCGGGACGACAACCUCGUUACUCUUGAGGAGGACCAAGAAGCCCUCGAUCCAGACUGGGAUGACGUAGUCGUACUGAUGGGCUCUGAGAUUAUUCGCCAUGUUCGCGCACAAAUACGUGGAAAGCUGGGAUAUACCUGUUCUGCAGGCAUAGCGAAUAACAAGCUGAUCAGCAAGCUAGGCUCGGCCUUCAAGAAGCCCAACGCUCAAACAGUUGUACGCAGCCGAGCGGUGCUGCCAUUCCUGACGGCCAUCAAAGUCACCAAGAUGCGGAACCUCGGCGGCAAGCUAGGGGAUCAAGUUGUUUCUACGUUUGGCACGGAAAGCGUCAAGGAGCUGCGCGAUAUCCCGUUGGGCCAGUUCAAGGCGAGACUCGGCGAAGAAACCGCCGUUUGGCUCUACAACACCAUCAGGGGAACCGACCACAGCGAGGUGAACUCGCGGACUCAAAUCAAAUCUAUGCUCUCGGCCAAGUCAUUCCGGCCCUCCAUCAAGGCUCCCGAACAGGCAACCAAGUGGCUCAGGAUUUUUGCGGGCGACAUCUAUUCCCGCCUGGUUGAAGAAGGCAUACUGGAGCACAAGCGGUGGCCGCGCACAAUCAAUCUUCACCAUCGCCACGCCGGCCAGACGCGAAGCAAGUCAAGCUCCAUCUCAUCAGGCAAGGCUCUGGAUGAGCAAGCCCUCUUCGCCCUUGCCGAGGAGCUGCUACACCAGAUCAUCGCCGAAGGAGACGUCUGGCCCUGUUCCAACUUGAGCCUGAGUGUUGGCGGAUUCGAGGAAGGCGUCAAAAACAACAUGGGCAUUGGUGCCUUUUUCAAGAAGAGGGAUGAAACGCCUCCGCUGCGUUCUUUUGAUACCGUGCCUGAAAGUUCGUCUACGGAACAACAGAGCAAGAAGCCCCGGCUUGAUAAACCUAGCAUCCAGCGAUUUUUCCAUAAGCGACCUGCUGGUGACCGAGAUUCGUUCCAUGUCAAGGAGAGCCUCGACGCCAACCGGCCACAGCCCAACGGCGCCAGCUUUCCCCAGCUCGAUCAAGAAACGAAUGGCUCGGAGAUAUUCAGUCACGAGACACCAGGGUCAGGGGAUUCAGUCCAUUUCACAGGCCUAACCUGCCCUAGAUGCAGAGCUAGCUUUGGCGACGACAUGUCAUUCCAAAGCCACCAAGACUGGCAUUUCGCCAAAGACAUCCAGGACGGUGAACGUCUCAAGCCCACAUUUGCUGGGCAGCCAGCCGCUUCCCGAGGCCAUACACCAAAGAGCUCUGGCCCUGCUUCUAAACGCGGGCGGGGAGGCUCAAAGCUUGAGCAAGGGCAAAGUAGGCUCACGUUUGGGUGA